AUGGGUCGCACAAAGAGAGGGGACCUACCCCAGACCCCCAGACCUUCCUCUUCGGGGUCGCAAACGGGGCUGAUGGACGACUAUCUCCAUGCACCGGGCGGCCCGGACCCCAGCUCCCCGACAUCCAAAAUGGCGCCGACCUCGCCAGCAUCCACGUGCUCCACUGCCGACACCACUACACUGGCAGAUAUUGGAGCGGAAUUGAAACGCAUGGCAAUGAUGAUAGUCACAAAGGAUGACCUCACUUACCUAACAAAUAACCUACACGAGGCAAUUAAAGCUGAAGUGACCGGCCUGAAGGCUGAAAUUAAAGCACAUGAACACCGCAUACAGCAAGUAGAACAGAGGGCACAGACCACUGAAGGCCACUCUGCAGCAACGGACACGGCCCUUAAACGCCAAGGUACACUCAUACUGGCCAUGAGGCGACAGCUGGAAGACCAGGACAACCGCAGCCGCCGCAACAAUAUCAGGGUAAGGGGGAUACCUGAAUCCCCAGAGGGGGAAAACAUAGAGGAGAUGCUCACCUCCCUAUUCUGCAUCAUCUUAAGGGAGGACACACCAGCACUUAUUAA